AUGAUCCUGAGAUCAUCAAUUUGUCGCACUCUGCUGGGUCUAGUGGCUUGUACAUUCUUUUUAGAUGGUACAGAUGCCGCUCUUGCUGCAAUGUCGAUUGACUUGGGAUCAGAGUUCAUUAAAAUUGGAAUAGUUAAACCAGGAGUGCCUAUGGAAAUCGUUCUAAAUAAGGAAAGCCGUCGAAAGACGCCGAAUAUUGUAGUAAUAAGAAACAAUGAGCGAUUAUUUGCAGAGACCGCAGCUGCUGUCGCAACAAAAUAUCCAAAUUCGGGUUACCAGUAUAUUCUUUCGCUGUUGGCUAAACAAAAAGGUGAUCCAAGUGUUGAACUAUAUCAGAAGAGGUUUCCUUUCACUGCUUUCACGUUCGACGAAGUGAGGAACACCGUUUUAUUUCCAUCAGACAAUGCUACUUACAAUGUGGAAACCUUACUUGCAAUGAUUCUAUGGUCAGCCAAAGAAACUACAGAAGCUUUCGCAGAACAAAGAGUGAAAGAUUGUGUAAUUACUGUGCCUAUCUUCUUCAAUCAAGCUGAACGUCGAGCUUUGGUGGCUGCAGCUGAUAUCGCUGGGCUAAAUUUACUUCAGCUCAUCAAUGAUGGGUCUGCUGCAGCUCUUAAUUAUGGAGUUUUUCGUCGAAAGCAAAUCACAGAGAAACCGCAGACCAUGAUGAUUUAUGACAUGGGUGCUAGUAAAACAACUGCUACCAUUGUCGAAUAUGUCCUUGAACCCGACAAGAGCAGCAAAGUGUCAAAAACAUCGAACCCAGUUGUGAAGACGAUCGGUGUUGGUUAUGAUCGAACCUUAGGAGGAUUUGAAAUCACGUUAAGAAUGAGAGAUCAUCUUGUCAAGUUAUUCCGUGAGACUGUAAAAACCUCUACUGAUAUCACCACAAAUGCAAGAAGUAUGGCAAAACUGUUAAAGGAAGCUGAGCGAGUUAAACAGGUUUUGUCAGCUAACAAAUAUCAUUACGCUCAAGUAGAAGGUCUUCAUGAGGAACAAAACUUCCGAUCCAAAGUGACACGUGAAGAGCUGGAGGAAAUGAUUGUGGACUUGGAGCCUCGUUUCUUACAACCAAUUAAUGAUGCCUUGGCCAUGGCUGAGAAAACUAUUGAUCAGAUCGAUCAGUUUGUUCUGAUGGGAGCUGGUACUCGAGUUCCGAAGAUUCAGGAAGUUCUUAAGACGAUUUUGAAAGAAAAGGAAGUUGGCCAUUUCCUCAAUACUGACGAGGCAAUUACUCUUGGAGCUGUUUACCAAGCUGCCGAUCUUUCAAAAUCAUUUAAAGUCCUCCCAUUUGCGGUCAAGGAAUUGGUCCUCUUUCCCAUCCAGGUCAACUUCAAGUCAAAGUCGGAAGAUGGCAAUCUCAAGGAUGUCACGCGCCAGAUUUUCGGUUAUAAAACACAUUAUCCAACAAAUAAGAAGAUAGUUACAUUCCAGUCUUACAGUGAUGACUUUGAGAUAUCUCUUGGAUAUGGUUCUCUUGAACAUCUGCAAGAUGUGCAGAAGAAGCAAUUCGGAAAAACUGAUUUGGCACAAGUUUCUAUCAAAGGCCUUGGUACUGCAAUCGAGCAGAACGGCACAUGUCCGGAAUGCGAAAUUAAGGGUGUAAAAACUACCUUUGCAGUUGAUCUAUCUGGUAUUGUUUCUGUAGUCAAGUCAGAAUUUGUUGUGGAUAAGAAACCAACACCAGAAGAACUCGCUACGUAUGAAGAAGAUUUGAAAAAAUACGAGGAAGCUGAAAAGGUGCGAAAAGAAGAGGAGGAGGCGGAAAGGAAGAGGAAACAAGAAGAGAAAGAAGCUGAAGAAAAACGGAAGAAAGAGGAAUCCGAAAAAAACCAAACCACUGAAGAAGCAGAGAAGAGAGGACAGGACGAGGAGAAGAGCUCAAGCACAGAGAAUAAGACCGAAGACGGAAAUGCAACCACUAACACAACUCUCGAGACUGGUGAGAGUGAAAAAGAAACUGAGGAGGUAAAAGAAAAGAAGCCACAGAAGAAGAAGCCGUUGAAAGCUCCUGUUCAGCCGAAAGCCAAGACUGUGAAAGUCCAUUUAAACACUUCAGUCAACUACGAGGACCUUCUUGAUUUGAAUGAGGAAGAGAUGAUGUUGGCUAAAAAGAUUCUGGCUGACUUCGAUCAUGCUGAACAAGAAAAACAUAGGCAUGAGGAAGCCAUGAAUGCUCUAGAAGGAUUGGUUUACGACCUUGCAGUAAAAAUUGAGGACGGUGAAGAAUUUGCGGAAUUUUUAACCAAAGAGGAGAAGGAGAAGAUAUCAGAAGAGUUGAAAAGAUUGCGUACAUGGAUGGAAGAUGAGGCGGGUAUCGAUACUCCCACCGAGGAUUUCAUUUCAAACAAGGCAAUUCUAGACGAACUAACUGCUGCUGGGCACAAUCGAAAGAACGAGAGAUUGCAUUACCCGAAAAUGGCUGAAACUAUGAGCAGUCUCUUCAAUCAGUCACAAACAUUCUUCAGUUUUGCCCUCAACUUGACAACCACAGAUGAUCCUGUUUUCACAGAAACUGAGAUUGAGGUCCUGUCCAAGUUGAUCAAUACCACGAUGGAGUGGUGGGAGGAAAAAAGUGCUGCUUAUGACAAACAGCCGAAACAUGAAGAUCCUGUUGUAACGAUAGAAGAAAUGGCCACAAAAAUCCGUGAUCUCGAUCGUGAAGUAAAAUAUCUUAUAAAUAAGAUGAAGAAUUUUAAACCGAAGAAGAAAGUGGAACCGAAGGAACCUGAGAAAACUAACGAUACUGAUACAUCCUCAACACCUGACAACACUACUGAAAGUGUCGCUGAGGAUAGUGAAAAAAUGGAGGGCAAAGAGUCAAAUGACACAGACGCUGAAGAGAAAAAGCAUGAGAGAGAAGAAAAGGAACACGAUCCGUCCGAACUGCUGCUUUUUCAUAAUACCAGGCGGAAAUGUUGGUUUGGGGUAUUUUGA